AUGUCCCAAGCUCGCGACCCUGUCUCCGAGACCGCUGAGAUGCCUGUCGAGCAGAUGCUCGACUAUGUGGAUGCCCUGCUCGCGGCGCAUGAGGACUCGCCCUUCCUUCGUGCAGGCGAACUGGUCGAGGAGGAUCUGGCCGCUCUGCACGGCUCCUUGAGCGACGGCAUCUCCCCAGAUUCGGGGGCGUCCUUCUCUCCACAGCCAGCGGCAGCGGGUGCUGGCAUCAGCUCGCCGGAUUCCUUCGUGAUGGUGGGUCUGGACUCGGUCUCUUCGUCGGAUGACUCGUCCUUCUUCACGCCAGCCAGCGGCGAGGCCAGCACCGACACCGGCACCGGCACCGGCACCGGCACCGAGAGUGACCCAUCCGGCAGUGAUCUGGACUCGGCGCUUGUCGCGUCGCCCAGUGAUCUGAGCAGCAGCGGUUUCCUCAGCGCCGUCGAGGCUCCGAUGCCGGUGCCGAUGCCGAUGCCGAUGCCCACCGCCGAACAGGAUCCAGGGGGUCCCCUCCUGCCGGUGUCGCCUCCUCACGCACCAGCAGUUCCCGAUGUUCCGGGGCGGCGCCCGGAUCGCCGACGCCGGCGCCACACCCCCGGUGUUUUUAGCCUGACAACACUCAUCACCCGGCGCCCGUCAGUGUCGGACAUCGAGCUCAGUGACACCCCUUCCGGGACGUCCACCAGCGCCUCGGAUGGGGAGGAGUCCCCCUCGCGAGCGGCCUCCGCGCAAUACCCCCUCGUAUUGCUGGCAACCUCGGACCCCGAUGAGCCCGAUCUAGCUGGCUACCCAGACACCGGGCCCCUCCUGCGUGCAGGCCACCGGGCCGGCUCGCAUUUCCUGGCUGGCUACCACGUCCUGUCCGAGCAGUCUGACGACCAGGAUCUGCUCGAUGAGGCCCCAAGCGGCCGGGCUCCAUCCACCUUGCCAGCUAUCGAGGGCUCUCCCCCCCGGGCGCCUGCUUCUCCGAACGCUCCCCCGGUGUCCGAGGCUGCCUCAGGGACCCCGGGGGACAUGGCAACCCGGGCACCGAUGUCGGUGCAGGCGCCCCGCCCGGUGUCGACUCCGGGCCCGGUGCCGGCCGCGACCGCAUCAGCCACCAUGGCCGCGGCCUCAGUGGCGACUGCCCGGGCCGCUGCCCCCUCCAUGGCCGGUGCCCUGCAGCGUCACACCCCCCGGCGUCCCUUGUAUGAGCGCCUGAAAGAUGCCGGGGCGCCAUGGGCUCAGCGCGCCCCGGCCAUCACUGCCCGAUUUCUUCUACUCCUCGGUCUGGGCCUCCUGGCGGCCACCCUGCUGUCGGGGCUUUUCUUCUUUCUGGCCAACAUCAGCUUCCUGCUACUGCGUGCGCGCUAUCUGCCUGAUCCGCCGCAUGUGUCGCUUCCGGUGCAUUGGCAAUUUGCUCCCCUGUCCGGGGGCUCUCCAACACCGGGGCCGUUCCUGCCCGGGGAUGACUGGGCCGCUGUGCGUGAUGGGGUCCUGGCCGGCGUGCCUUGUGGUCCGGGCCUCCGGGAUUCCGCCGGCCGGUGUAUGGCCCCCGGGGGUGGAGUGGAUGGUGCAGUCCCGAUUCCCGCCCCAAGCCGCGGAGGCUUUACUUGGCAGGCAGACACUGCGUCAGAUGGCCAGCUGGCCGGGCUGCUCUGGAGCCAGCCCGGACGCGAUACUCUCGCUGCCUUUGCUCGUGUGUGGCUUCUGCGUUCCGAGAUUGAUGAUCGGGAUCCGCUUCGCCAGGGAUCUCUCCUGAGCACACACAAUCGAUAUGAUGUGUCCUUGGAUCUGGAGGUGCCUGACACUCCGCGAAACCGUGACAUUGGCAUGGUCAUGGCCGGCGUACGGGUCGUGUACAAAUGUGGCGGCGGCCGGCCCCCGGCCGAGGCGGCUGGCCACUUCCUCGUCGGCGCAACCGCCUCCCGCGCCUUUACUGUAUCGUCCUUUUUCACACCGGGGCCUGGGCUCCUCCGACGCCUGUUGCGCCUCCCCCUUUGGCCGGUGUCAGUAGCCUGGCGUUUGGUCCUGCCCAAGCCAACCGACCUGCGUGUGAACUUGCGUGUCCCCCUGUUUGAGGCAUUCUCUCCGACACCGGCGCAGGCGCUCGCCGAGUGCCGACGUUCGGCGCUGGUCCCAGUUCGGAUGGACCUUCGCCUUUCACGGCCAGACAUCCUGGUGUACCGGUCGGAGUUGCGCAUCGCGGCGCGGCCGCGCGGUCUCACAGCACUGGUCAUGCGUUUCCCCCUGGCCAGCUGGCUGGUGGCCGUGACCCUGCUGACCGGGCUCCUAUGGGCUGGGUUUAUCUUGAUCCUUGGCGGUGCGGUGCUGGCCUGGGUGCUGUUCACCGGUCCGGAGCGUCGCCCAUCGCCAUUGCGACGGCCACCGGGCCCGCCUCCGCCCGGGCCUGCUCGGCGUCCGGCUCCCGGGCCACGUAGCAAUCUUCCCUCGGCUCCGGUUGUCGGGCCCUCACGGCCGCCCACUUCCCUCUCCGGCGGACAAACCAUGGCCUCGCCGCCGCAUCCGGCUGCCCCCCAGCGCUCGACCACACAGCAACGCUCGACCGCUCCUCCUCAGCGUCCGAACGCUCCCCAUGUCGGACCUCUCUCACAGUCCUCGCCGAAUCCGCAGCCUCCACGCAUGGACCGCCUGCUCGAGGCGCUGCCUCUUCGACGGUCGGCAUCAGUCCCUGCGACUGGCCAUGACCCGGAGCCGAACCUCGGCUCGAGGCCAACAUCGCUCACUCCGCCGCCCGGGCGCACGACCCAAGUCCCUGGCCCUGGCCAGCGCGCGCCCCUCCGGCGACGUACGGGGCCCUUGCAGCUUCUUAACCGCGCCCUGCGGGCCGGCGCCAGCCGGGCCGGAGUCGGCACUUCCCCUCCAGCAUCUUCCCAUGGUCUCCCCGUGGCCAGGCGCCCCUCCGCCUCGUCCGUGUCUCUCUCUUCCAGCAGUGACUCGGCCCACCUAGUUACAGCGCCUUCCUCUCCGCCGCCCCCAGUACCGUUGUUGUUGCUGCCGCCGCCGUCGCCGCCGCCGCCGCCGCUGCCACCGCGGGCGGAAAGUGCCGGGCCAGCCAAGGCCGGGCCAGUGGCCCAUGCCGUGAACGAAGCCCAGGAUACAAUGUGGACCGGUCAGCCAUGUCUGUCGGACGCUGCCCUUGACAUGGAGCCCCCUGUCGAGUAUGAAGAGUCUGAUGGUGGAUAUGACGCCGAGCCGGAUGAGCGAGGUGCCGUUGGCCAGCCCCCUGGGCGGGUGGCCUCCAGGACACGAUCCUCCAGCCUCUCGGAAUCCUCCUUCUUAGCCCGGAGCUCCACCUUCAAUGCCACCCGGAGUGUCCACCGCCGGCGAGCUAUCCCGGCCGCGGAUGCCUCUAUACUCUCCUUAUGAUAAACAUCAUCAGCGUGG